ACAUACAUACACUCUCAUACACACACUACACACUGCUAUAGAAAUAGAAAUAUACAAUACAGAUCUCUUUACCUGCUUCUCCAUUUUCCUUCUCCUCAUUUUCCUGCAUUUUACCACCAACCAAACCCUAAAAAUUCCAUUAUCCCUUUCCUUUUCUAACCACACCAAGCUUCAACUAAUUCAUAAUCAUGCCAAUCAUUUUCUCUCUCUGAAAAACAAAACCUUUCUCAUUUCUCUCUCUCCUCUUCCUCUCUUUACAGAUCCUUUUUUUCAGCUUUCUUGUCACAAACACAGUUUCUUCAAGACAAAGUGUGUGGCCCUUUAACCAAAGCUUUCACCUUUAGAUCUGUUAGAGUUUGUUUUGUUUCAAAGCAAUGGAAACACCUUGUGUUUCUUCGUAUUUGUCAUGAAAGUUUCUUGCUUUCUUGUUUUGUUUAUCUCUUAAGAGGGUUGUUUUUUUUUUCUCUUGAAAUUUGGUUCUUUGAAGUUUUCUUAUCACUACUAGUGAGUGUAGUUUUCAAAUUUUGUCAAGAAUGUUGGCCAUUGGAAGUCCUAUUACUAGUAUCCAUUUAAGCACUACUUGCACUUCUUUGCUCAGAGAACUUGAGCAAAUAUGGAACGAUAUUGGAGAGACCGAGAAGGACAAAGAUCGAAUGUUGAUGGAGCUAGAGAGGGAAUGCUUAGAUGUUUAUAGGAGAAAAGUUGAUGAAGCUGCCAACACCAAAGCACGUUUUCAUCAAUCCGUUGCAGCCAAGGAGGCUGAGAUUGCCACGCUAAUAGCUGCACUUGGGGAACAUGACGUUCACUCUCCGAUUAAGACCGAUAAAAGAUCGGCAUCCUUGAAGGAGAAACUCGCAUCUGUCACACCAUUGGUUGAGGAAUUGAAGAAGAAAAAAGAAGAAAGGUUGAAACAAUUUGAAGAUAUUAAAACUCAAAUAGAGAAGAUAAGCGGCGAGAUUUGUGGAAUCCAUCCCGUCAAUGAUGAUGUGAGCAGCACAGACGGUAAAGAGGAACAAGACUUGUCACUUAGAAGACUUAAUGAAUAUCAAACACGUCUCCGAAGUCUUCAAAAAGAAAAGUCGGAUCGACUUCAGAAAGUCUUGCAAUGUGUUAAUGAGGUGCAUACUCUCUGUGGUGUUCUUGGAUUGGAUUUCGGCCAAACAGUAGACGAUGUACAUCCGAGCUUGCACGGGACUCAGGUGGAGCAAUCAACUAAUAUUAGCAAUAGCACAUUGGAAGGUUUAGAGAAGACCAUUCUCAAGUUAAAAACCGAAAGAAAAGUCAGAAUACAGAAGUUGAAGGAUAUUGUCGCCAACCUAUUUGAACUUUGGAAUUUGAUGGACACGUCAAAAGAAGAGAGGAACACUUUUCUGAGGAUUACUUCUAUUGUUGCAACUUCGCCAUCAGAAAUCACCGAAAGAGGCGGUCUUUCAACAGACGUGAUAGAGAAGGCUUCGGCAGAAGUGGAAAAACUUGCGAAACUAAAAGCAAGUAGAAUGAAAGAACUUGUUUUUAAGAAGAGGUCAGAGUUAGAAGAAAUAUGUAGAUUGACUCAUAUCGAACCUGAUACAAGUACUGCUGCCGAGAAAGCUAGUGCAUUAAUAGAUUCUGGCCUGGUUGAUCCUUGUGAAUUAUUAGCUAACAUUGAAGCACAAAUAGUGAAAGCUAAAGAUGAAGCUUUGAGCAGAAGAGACGUAACCGAUAGGAUUGAUAAGUGGCUUUUUGCUUGUGAAGAGGAAAAUUGGCUCGACGAAUAUAGCCAGGAUGAUAAUAGGUACAGUGCUGGGCGAGGUGCUCACAUUAAUCUGAAGCGUGCUGAACGAGCCAGAGUAACUGUAACCAAAAUUCCAGGAAUGGUUGACAAUCUUAUAAGCAAAACUCUAGCAUGGGAAGAUGAAAAGAAGGCUUGUUUUCUGUAUGAUGGGGUACGGUUGGUGGAAUUACUGGAUGAUUAUAAACUGACCAGGCAACAGAGAGAAGAAGUGAAGAGACGACAGAGGGACCAAAAGAAGAUGCAAGAUCUACUUCAAAAUCAAAAGGAAGCCAUAUAUGGAUCUAAACCUAGUCCAAGAAAAACUAACAGCUUUAGAAAGACAAACGGGCAUCGUGCAAAUGGAAACGGCUAUGGCAACGGAAAUGUAUCUAUGCCUCCUACACCUCGUCGGAACUCAGUAAGCGGUACAACAUCUGAAGUACAUACACCACGCUCGUACUCUGGUCGUCAUAACGGAUACUUCAACGAAAUGAGAAGACUAUCUACCACGCCUCUCAACUUUGUAGCAAUACCUAAGGAAGAUACAAUGUCAUAUAGUUGCAGUUCCGAACCCGAGUCCCCUCCCCAAGUUUAAGUUCAAAAAACCAAAAAUGGAAUAGGGUAAGAUUUUCCUUGUGAAUAGUAUGUUGCUGGCAAUAAGCUGAGAUAUAUACAUGGACAGAGUGACUCAGUGAGUGAUAACUGACAUUUGAGGACAGGAAAUUAGAGUGUUUAUGGUUUGGGAAGUGUUGAUGAUACAAGUAGAGACAGUUAAAGGAGGCAGUGAAGAUUAUAGAGUGUUUGACCUACGUGUAUGUUAUUGGUUUUGUUUGUUUUCCUUUGUAUUUCAGGUGUAUAUAUAUGGUUAUGAGUGAGUAGUAACAAAGAUUAUUUUGAUCCAUAAUUGUAGGAAAAGUUGAUGCUCUCAUUGUUUUGAUGUAUUUAAAUCUAUAUAUUUGAAGUGUGAUUUGAAGAGUUUGAUUGAGAUAA